GCUGUGCCUGGCUUACUCGCGCUGAGAACGCAUGCCCCUGCGGCGACGUAUACACUCUCUUUGCACUCGGACCAUCUCCCUGAUACACUUGUGCAGUGCACCCGCGGGGCGAGCUAAAGCCUAAGUCCGCGGUGAUCACAAACAAGUGGCUGAUCACUGGCACACGCUGAGCGAAUAAACUCUAAAGUCUUCGUCGCAUUCUUGAAUACGCUCGUUACCCGUCAUCGUCUGCAUUCCUUGGAAACCGUCAAUUAAACAUGGCCUACAACUACAAGUCGCGCACCGACGCGCCACCUUUCCUCCGCUUUCCCACCGCCGACUCGCCCUCCUCCCACGAGCACUUCCUCAGUCCAUCCUCCGAGCACCGGGUCCGUGCGCACACGCUCGCGACAUCGUCCACUCCCCGGCGUCCCCCGCUGCUCUCGAUUGGUUCUUUCCAGUAUCUCCCUCUCGCCCCGUACCAGAUGAGCCCGGAUCGCUUCUCUCCUCCUGCAAGCGACCUCCUUCCCGACGACCCCUUCGCCAGCCUCUCCCCUGGUCCCGAACUCGUCACCUUCGCCUCGGCGAACCAGUCACUUGUGUCCCUCGUCUCUCCGUCCAUGUCGACCACCACUCUUCAGCCUUUGUCGAGGUCGCGCUCCCCGACGCCCACCUUAUCGCGUUGCUCGAGCCGCGAGGAUGCGCCUGCUCCCAGGACACCCCAGUCCGUCAUGCCGCAAACAAGGUCGUCCCUGUCUACGUCCGAGUCAGGGGAUUCGGGAGACUACCCUAACGCAGUUCGCCGUCUGCCCGAGCUGCUCAAGUCUGCCCCGAGUACGACAUCCCUGCGGUCCUUUGGGAAAAUGAGCAAAGGUAAUAUCCUGAGGAAAAAGCUCAAGAAGGUCGAUCCGCCGCCUCUGCCUUGGAACGCAUCCGUCUACUCUGACGGGUCCGAUGAAAAGGCCGACCUGCGUAGCCUGCAGUCGCGCACCGCUUCGCAUGCCGCUCAGCGCCGGCCGUGGUAUAACCGAGUAUUGUCGAGAUCCAACGCACCGGACAAGGCUCACACCAAUAUAUCAGCCCGACACGAAGUCGCGCCCGCCGUGCAGCUCAGGCCUAUAUCCAGGUUCGACGUAGACUUUGAUCUCGAGCUCGACUUGAAGACUUCGAGGAUGCUUGCUUGACCUGGGGGAAGUGCGAUAAAUGUAACAAUCGGUUGGGCGAAGAGUUCAUCGAGUUCGCAUUGUACCUACCAUAAUUUAUUUGUUGUACAUUGUUGUACUCGAGAUGCACCUUUGCGAGUGUUUUGCCGUCCCUUUCAUGCGUGAUAUUGGUGCCGUGGCUG